AUUACUAUUAUCAAACCAAACCAAACAAAAUCAUAUCUUCCUUCUCUUGGUAGCCUCUUCAGAGUCUCUUUUUUUCUCUCUCUGACAAUGUCUGUGCAACUCUGGGAGACCUUGAAGGAGGCCAUAGUGGUCUACACUGGCCUAACUCCUUCCACCUUUUUCACUGUGCUUGCUUUAAUUCUGGCCGUUUACUACGUCGUUUUGGGUGUCUUUGGGGCUCCACCGGAGCGCCCCCGGCCCCGCCACGUCGAGGAGGAGGAGAUGCCGCCUCUGCGGCCGCCGGUCCAGCUCGGUGAGAUCACGGCUGAGGAGCUCAAAGCCUACGACGGCACUGAUCAGAGUAAACCCUUGCUUAUGGCCAUCAAGGGACAGAUCUACGAUGUCUCCCAGAGCAGAAUGUUUUAUGGACCUGGUGGACCUUAUGCUCUAUUUGCUGGAAAGGAUGCUAGCAGGGCUCUAGCAAAGAUGUCUUUUGAAGAGAAAGAUCUGACUGGGGAUAUUUCUGGCCCUGGCCCAUUUGAGCUUGAUGCUUUACAAGACUGGGAAUAUAAGUUCAUGAGCAAGUAUGUAAAGGUUGGAACUGUUAAAAGUGAUGUUCCUGCAACUGAAUCAGAGUCCACCGCAGAACCAUCAGAAACAACUUCCCGUGAUAUUGAUACUGCUCCUGCCGUCAAGCCCAAUGAAGAUGGCAAAUCAGAAACUGGUGCUGUUAAAAGUGAAGAAACCCCUUCAAACAUUGAUGCAGGAAAAGAAGAGUGAUGCUUGAGUUGUCCCACAAUGCCCGUGUCGAAAUGGAGAGAGACAAAAAUAUGCAGCGUAAAGACCGAGUAAAUGUAAGGCCAGCUUUUUAGAAGAUAAAUAUCCUCUGAUUGUCCCUUUAUUUCUUUAUUUGAAUAUUCGGUUUUAUAAUAAUCAACUGUGGGUAGAUUUUUUAAAUUUAAUAGUGUGUACGUGUUAUAUUAGACUGGUAAGUUUUAUUGAAUAAUAUUUUUGUGACAAAAAUAAAUAAAGCAUAAUUAGUCUUUCA